UUCUUCACUUCCAAUCGAGUAGUGCUGUGGUGCGGUGUGUGUAUGCGAUUCCAUUUUUGCAACUGUUGUCGCCGAACGGACGAAACAAUCCUCUUUGUAACCUGUAGCGAGAAGGAAGCCAUUUUAAAGCCGUGUUUCGUACGUUUUUUUCCGAGUGAUUGUGUGUGAUUGUCGCGCGACGGGAUGGAUUUCCGGGCCAUCUGGAUACGGGACCGGCUGUGCAAGAUAUUGGGCGUGUUUGAGCCGCGCUACAUCGACACGGUGCUGAACGAGCUGUACGACGAGCUGGUCGCCUUCCUGGACGAUGCCGUCACCGACCAGCGGGACGACCACAAGCGCAUCCUGUUCGCGUACCGCACGUUUUACGAGCGGCUUAUCGAGGAGAAGGUGACCGCAUUCGAGCCAGUUACGGCCGGAGCAGCCCAACCCACCGGCUCGGACCAACCGGAACAGACGCAAAAGGAGAAGAAAGGCAAAAAGGUUAAAGGCAAGAAAAAAGGCAAACCCAAGAAAGGAAAGAAAGGAGACGCUGACCAUGAGAUUACUGGAGACGCCGGAUUCCUUGGGGCUAGCAACGAUAAUGAGCUGGUGGAAGUUACGAAAAUUGUGCCGACAUCGAUCAAAACGCCAAUCGUGCACAUUUGCUUCGGCAUCAUCCCGGAGGAGAAGAUUGAUCCAAACGUCCGGUACGUGUACAUGGUUCGGCGACUCUGCACACCCAUCGGCACAUUCCAAAACCUCGAGGACUGCGUGGCGGAGAUGCCGCGUAAAGUGAUCGUCGGCUGCAUUAGGGGCAACCUGAUACACAACGCGAAGGAAAUGCUGGAGCGCAUCUACCGGCCCGGCGUGGAGUUCCAGUUUCACGAGCCGAACACGAAGCGCCCCAAGCCGGAAAAGAGCGUCAGUGUGGAGGAGCAGGACGAAGCGGCCGGGGGUGAUCGCUCCGCCAGCAGGACCAGCGUCGGCCUGAUCGACUACACCCGCCCGUCCGACUUUCGCAUGAAGGCGAUGCAGGCGAAGCAGCUGUCCCCGAGCGCGGCCUUGCGCGAAGAGUCGGCGCUGGAAAACAGCAGCCGCCAGUCGCUGGCCGACACGCCGAGCAGCGAGUCGAACCUGACGCAAACGAAGGCGUCCGAGUCGACGACCGGCGAUAGUGAUGCGCGGGCGCUGCCGCUCCCGCAAACAUCCACCGAGCGGUGGAACGCGCUGCUGGAGGAGUCGAAGCUGAAGGGCGAGGCGCGGCUGACCGCCAAACAGCAGCCGGCGAAGCCGUCGGCCGAAACGAGCGCCCCGGAGGAAAGCCCCAUGAAGCAGAACCUGGAGGCGAACCUGGAGAAGUUUAUCGACACGCUCCAGUGGACGAUCGAUCACGUGGAGUGUGCGUUCGGGCUGCCCACGCAGUACAAUGCGCCACACCAGGAGAACAUCACCGUGGACGAGGAUAAGUUUAAAAUCAAGGUCGACAUCGGGAGGACGAGCAUCGAGGAGCUGACCACGCUGCAGCUGGAGGAGAUCGUCGAAGGGUGGUCCAUCUACAUCGGGAAGGUGUUGCGCGAGUCCAACGAGAAGGAACCGACCGACUGCACACCGAUGGCCGAGUAUAAUCUAUGGGUCGAGCGGGAAUUGCAGUACAAUUCCAUCAUCGAGCAGCUGAAGGCACCGUUUGUGAUUCAGGUUUUCGACGCCCUGAAGGACAAUCAGAGCCACAUCAUGAAGGCGUGGCCGGACCGGUUCCGCAAGCUAAAGGAGGCGCUGUGCCUGGCCCGGGAAAACGUCGAGCACCUGGCCAUGCUUCAAAGCUAUCUUGAGAAAAUCAAAACCGGUGAUGACUUCAAAUUCAUCCUAUCCAUUAUACCGAACAUAACGAUCAUACUGAGACACAUCUGGACGAUGUCAAACUAUUACAGCCGGGACGAGAACAUGCUCAGCCUGAUCGGGAAGAUAUCGUACGUGUUUGCGGAGAAAGUUAAAAUAUUAAUUAAUGUGGAUACCAUUUUCAAACACUCGGCGUCACACAUACACCAGUGCGCCACGAACUGUGCGACGCUGCUGCAGGCGUGGAAGCAAUCCUACAUGGACACCCGGGCCCAGAUCGAGCAGUCGGGCAUUGGGUCACGGUGGGAGUUUGACAAGAAUGUGCUGUUCCGGGAGAUCGAUCACAUGACGCGCAUUAGCCACGAUAUGGCAAACAUUGCCCAGAUUUUCCUGGAUUUUGAAAACUUAUUCGAUGCGAACUUCAAAGCCAUGAUUACCGAUCCGGAGGAGGUGGAUAACACACUGAGCAAGGUUUAUCACCUCAUCACUCAUAUCAUCGCGGCCGACUACGACAUCUUCGUGUCGAGCAAUUUGGCCAACUGGGAGGCAACGCUGGACUUCUUUUACAAGUCCGUCGAGGGGGUGGAGAAGGAAGCGAAGGUGGCGCUGGACCGCUGCAUCCCAUCGCUCCGGUCCGCCGAGCUGGGGCUGGAGCUGAUAAAAAAUUUAGACCGCAUAGAAACACGGCCGGCAUUGGCAAAGCAUUUAUCAUCCAAGUAUGAAAAUAUUAUGAAACAAUUCCUGGCGGAAGUCGGCAUGGUUGAGCACGAGUUUCUGAAGCACAAAAACAAUCCGCCCCUGCAGCGCAAUGAGCCGUGUCACGUGGGUGCCGUGUUUUGGGUGCGUUCGCUGCUGAACUUCAUCCGGAAAUCUAUGACCGCGUUUAGAGAGUUUGAGGCCAGCAAGCAGCAGGCGGAAACUUCGCUCCAGCGCAGCGCGUUCGGCCAGUACAUGCAGCUGGUGAAGGACUUCCAGGCGUACGAGAAGGACAACUUUCAAAAGUUUACCACGUACGGCACCAAAACGGUGAACGGCGUGCUGAAGCGCAACAUUUUGAAGCUAGAAUUUUGCGACACAAUGCUCGAGCUGCAGAAGGAGCGAAAAGCGUCCAAAGCGAAGAAAGACAAACUGUCCGCCCGGCGGCCCUCCGCCCUGAUGACCGGCAAGGACCGAUCCCGGUACACCAACAUUGCCACCGCGGUCCGCUGGCUCGUCAACCGGCCGGACGCGCUCGAUCCGCAGCUGGCCCUCGCGCAGAAGCUGGUCCGGGCGGCACGCAACACACCGUCGCAGGUUUCCUCCAGCGGCUCGCAGACCCCGGCCAGCGAGUUCAAAAUCAAUCAAGCCCAGCUGAUGGUGUCAGCAGUUUCGCAAAAGAAAAUUCCCACGUGGCGCGAGGUAAUCGGCGAAUCGGUGCUCAUCGAGUACAAGCUCAAGUUUGCAUUGAACUUUUCCUACGACAUAUUCGACGUCAUCAACGAAGGUCAACAGUUCGAGUAUUUGGGAUUCGCAUUAAGUCCCACCAUUAGGAUGGCCAUUAUGAGAAAAGACCAACUGUUUCGCGAUGUGGAGUGCGUCAGCAAAAUGGUCAACCGGUACAACGACAUCGUGCUGAAUCUAUCCACUCCGGAGGUUCACUUCUUGCGCAGUCAUUUGUACGAAGUGGAAACUAUUAUCCAGGCGGGACUGGGCCGCUUCACUUGGCAGUCGUUUAAUAUUGGAGCUUACGCAGAAAAGUGCCAAACGCUAAUGAAGAGCUUAUCGUCGCUGGUAUCGCAAAUUGGGUACAUCAGCAACGACAUCAAGGUGCGUAUCGAGCGGCUCGAGUCGUUCGCGAUGUUCGAACUGGACGGCGAUAAAACAAAGGAAGCGCGCGUCACUGCAUCAGAGGUGGUGCUGAAAGCACCGACGCAACAAAAGGAGCACCAUCAUUCGCACCACCACUCGUCCCACCGGCAGCAGCACCAUCAGCAACAGCAGCAGUCACACCAGGACUCGCUGCGCCACGAAAGCGUUACGCCGACCGACGGAGCGGCGGUGACGAUGGCAACGGUGCGGGCCGACGAUGCCGGCACCGAUUUGGAGAAGCGACAAAAGCGGCCGAAGAAAGUGUCCAUCAAGGAGACGGACGAUAGCGUGAAGCCGUGCCGGGAGUACUUCGACGCACUGGCCAAGGAUCGCAAUGCGAAAACGAUCAAGCUGCUGCAGCUGUACGAUUCCAUCGGACCGAUACUGAUUAAGCUGGAAAGCCUGGUGCUCGGUACGUUUACGGGCGAGUGUCCCGAGAUGAAGUACUACUACAACCACUGGGAGAAACAAGUGUUUGGUUGCUUCACCAGAUUUGCAGCGAAAAACUUGGAAAAGUUCAUGAACCAUCUGCUGCACAAUCAGCCCCUGUUCGAGGUGGAUGCAAUCUUGACGGUGCCGGAAAUACUGAUGCGACCAUCGUCAACGGACGCGUACAGCAUCAUGAUCAGCUCGGUGAAGGAUUUCCUGCUCCGAUUGAAAAAUUUUAAACGCUGGACGGCCGAAACCUGUCUCCCGUGUCCGGUGACCAAGUGCGAGGAGAAAGAGUUUUACUUCACCUUUUUUGAGGAUGUCGUUCAGAUCCCUCGGGUGUGUGAUUUGGUAAUAAAUCUGCAGCAAUCGAUCCAGCAACUUGUCACGGAGGUACUCACCUAUUUGAAAAGCUGGCAAAAGUAUCGAAACCUUUGGAUGUAUGAAAAAAUGAGCGUUUGCGAGAAGUUCCUCAACCAAAACGUGUCGCUAGCACAGCUGGACGAGAAGUUCAUCUACUACACGCAGAUCGUGAAUGAGCUGGAGCGGCACAAACCGUUUCACGACAUUAAAAGCAUUCGCGUCAACCUGAGGCCACUGAUCCGCGGCAUCGUCGACCAUGCCGUCGAGUGGCGCAAUACGCUGGGCAACAUUCUUGCCGAACGGACGCGCCAGCAGAUGAUAGAACUACACGAGCACAUGGUGAGUUUAAGGAACGAUCUGGAUAAGAACGUGAAGGAGCUGUCUCACUUCAAGACAGUGAUGCAAACGAUUCAAACCAUUCAAUCGACCACGCUGACGGUGGAGCUGAAAAUACACGAAAUACAGGAGAUUUACAACAUUCUCGAAGAGCAUCGCAUCAAGUUCCCGCUGGGCGAUAUGAUUAUGGCGUACCAUUUGGAGAAGCGAUGGAAAAAAAUCUACCAUUCCGCAUUGCUGCGCUCGGGCAAGCUGCAGCCGACCAAGGCAAAGUUUGCCGAAAUUACGCAAAAAGAAAUACAAACGUUCAGCGACGAGCUUGCAAAGUUUAUAACGAAAUUCCGCACCGAAGGGCCCGGCACGGUCGGGCUUGACCUGGACAGGGGCGUCGAGCUGAUGGAUUCGUACGGCAAAGAAAUCGAACUAAUGGAUCGUCAACGCAUCGAGCUAGAAAAUGCCGAAAAGCUGUUUGAUAUUCCAUUAACGGAUUACAGUGAUUUUUUGCAAUGCAAGCACGAGUACGAAGAAAUACAAGUGGUCUACAAACUGUACGUGCAGCAGAAAGUCGCCCGAGAGAAGUGGUCCCACACGCUGUGGGCCAAUCUAAACCCCCAGGCACUGCUGGAGGGUAUCGACAAUUUUAUGAAGGAGUUCCGAAUGCUGCCCAAAAAUGUCCGGCAAGCGCCCGUUGGGCAAGCGCUGGACACGAAAAUGAAGCAAUUCAAAUCGUCCAUUCCGCUAAUGCUGAGCCUAAAGGACGAAGCGCUGCGCAGGCGGCACUGGGAGAAGCUAAUGGAAAAAACUGGUCAACAUUUCGACAUGUCAGCGGACCGAUUCACGCUCGAGAACAUGUUUGCGAUGGAGCUGCAUAAGUAUCAGGACAUUGCCGAGGAGAUCAUCAAUAACGCUAUCAAGGAGCUUGCGAUCGAACGUAGCGUGCAGGAAAUAAACGACAUCUGGGAGCGGAUGUGCUUCAACAUGAUACGCUACGAGAAGGGCGGCCGAGUGAGAGGGCACAUUCUUGGAGCAACGGAUGAAAUUAUGCAAGUGCUUGAAGAAAAUUCCAUGAACCUUCAAUCCAUGGCAGCAUCACAAUUUAUUGGCCCGUUCAUGUCCAAGGUUCAGCAGUGGGAAAAGGAUCUUACCCUCAUAUCGGAAAUCAUCGACGAAUGGAUUAGCGUGCAGCGAAAGUGGCUGUACCUGGAGGGCAUUUUUAUCGACGGUGACAUCAGCAGCCAGUUGCCGGAGGAGGCCAAAAAUUUCAACACCAUCGAUGAGGAAUUCCGCGAGAUAAUGCGGAACAGCAACGAUAAUCCGCUCGUGACGGCUGUGUGCCUUGUUCCGGGCCGGCUGAACGAUUUCAUGCGCCUGGGAUCCGCACUUGACGGUUGUCAGAAAUCGCUCAACGACUAUCUGGAGCAAAAACGUAGAGCAUUCCCAAGGUUCUACUUUAUAUCGACGGACGAGCUGCUCUCCAUACUGGGCGACAGUGAGCCAACGUGCGUCCAGGAGCACAUCAUAAAGAUGUUCGAUAACAUAAAAUCUUUACGAUUUGCUAAAGAUCGAUUCGACACGCCGACUGUAACGGCCAUGAUUUCCAGCGAGGGCGAAGUGAUGGAGUUCGAGAACCAGGUGCCGGUAAAGGAGCGGGUCGAGAACUGGAUGAACGAGGUGUUGAAGGAAAUGCGUCGGACCAAUCGAUUUAUAACGAAGAAAGCAAUCUUCCAUUACGGCAAGGAUCGCGAACUCGGACGGCCGGACUGGAUUAUGCUUUACCAGGGCAUGGUUUGUCUCGCUGCCAAUCAAGUCUGGUGGACGGCGGAGGUCGAGGAGGUGUUCGCUAAGGUGCGCCACGGCAACAAGCGAGCGAUGAAGGAAUAUCUGCAGGAGCAGAACCGCCAGCUCGACGAGCUCGUGCUGAAAGUGCGCGCUAAUCUGACACCCAAUGAUCGUCUUAAGUUCAAAACGAUUGCCACCAUCGACGUGCAUGCACGGGACAUCAUCGAAGGGUUUGUGCGGGAUAGCAUUCUGGACGCUCACGAGUUCGGUUGGGAAAGUCAGCUUAGGUUUUAUUGGAUACGAGAAAUGGAUAAUUUGUAUGUGCUUCAAUGUACAGGAAAAUUCGAUUACGGUUACGAGUAUAUGGGAUUAAAUGGACGGCUCGUUAUUACGCCAUUGACUGAUAGGAUAUAUUUAACAAUCACGCAAGCCUUGACGAUGAAUUUGGGCGGUGCACCAGCUGGUCCUGCCGGUACGGGCAAGACCGAAACGACCAAGGAUUUAGCCAAAGCGAUGGCACUGCUUUGCGUCGUAACGAACUGCGGCGAGGGCAUGGACUUUCGGGCGGUCGGAACGGUACUGUCAGGACUGACCCAAUGCGGUGCCUGGGGAUGUUUCGACGAGUUUAAUCGUAUCGAUAUCUCCGUGCUGAGUGUCAUCUCUACCCAGCUGCAAACGAUUAAGACGGCGCUCGUGUGCCGCGUCAAAACAUUCAUGUUUGAGGGCAACGAGAUCAAUCUCGAUCCCAAGGUCGGCAUCUUCAUUACGAUGAACCCGGGCUAUGCCGGGCGCACGGAGCUGCCCGAAUCGGUGAAGGCCCUGUUCCGGCCCGUCACCUGCAUCAUGCCCGAUCUGGAGCUGAUCUGCAUGAUAUCGCUCUUCUCGGACGGCUUCAUCACGGCCAAGGUGCUGGCGAAGAAGAUGACCGUGCUGUACAAGAUGGCGCGCGAGCAGCUGUCCAAGCAGUAUCACUACGACUGGGGCCUUCGAUCGCUUAACGCUGUGCUGCGGAUGGCCGGCGUGAACAAGCGCAAAUCGCCCGAAAUUUCGGAAGCCGCCACCCUGAUGCGCACGCUGUUCGACAUGAACUUUCCCAAGUUUGUGUUUGACGAUGUGCCACUGUUUAUGGGGCUCAUAAAGGAUCUAUUUCCCGGCGUAGAUUAUCCCCGCGUGGGCUACCCGGACUUUAACGAAGCGGUGAAGGAGGUGCUUUUAGCAGAUGGAUUCAUCAUCAUUCAGAAACAGAUGGACAAGGUGCAGCAACUGUACGAAACGAUGAUGACUCGCCAUUCCACGAUGGUGGUCGGUCCGACCGGUGGUGGCAAAACGGUCGUCAUCAACACGCUGAUAAAAGCGCAAACCAACAUGGGACUGCCGACGAAAUGUACCGUGCUGAAUCCAAAGGCUUGCUCGGUGAUAGAGCUGUACGGAUUUCUCGAUCCGAGUACGCGCGACUGGGUCGAUGGAUUGUUCUCCAACAUUUUCCGCGAGAUGAAUAAACCCACUGACCGCGAUGAACGGCGCUACGUUUGCUUCGACGGGGACGUCGAUGCGCUCUGGAUCGAGAACAUGAACUCCGUCAUGGAUGACAACAAAUUGCUGACGCUGGCGAACGGCGAACGCAUCCGGCUGAAUAGCUACUGUGCGCUGCUGUUUGAAGUUGGCGACCUGGCCUACGCUUCGCCGGCGACCGUUUCCCGGGCCGGCAUGGUGUACCUGGAUCCGAAAAACCUCGGCUACGUGUGCUACUGGGAGCGGUGGCUGAAGGGCCGCUACCUGGAGGAGCAGGAGAUGCUGCAAAAAACGUUCAGCGCGCUCGUUCCCGCCGCGAUCGAUUACAUCCUCGAGGGUGUCGAUGGCAACAAUCAGGAGGAUCCGCUCGAGCUGGUCAUUCGCCAGACGAACCUGAACAUGGUGGUGCAGCUGUGCCAGUUUUACGACGCACUGUUUCCGAUGAAAACGUCCGCCUGCCCGCACGAGGAGGACGUGGUGGAGUGUGGCUUUGUGCAGUGCGUGUACCUGUCGCUCGGGGCCGCCCUGCUCGAGGAGUCGCGCAGCCGGUUCGAUGGGUUCGUCAAGCGAAACCUCGAAAUGAUUGCGGCCGAGGAUACGCGCGAAAGUCCCGCCACGACGGGACAGUUGCCCACGGUGAAGCCGACGCUGUUUGAUUACUUCUUCGACAUCGAGCGCAAGCAGUGGCUGGCCUGGGAGUGGGUCAUUCCGGGCUACGUGCAUGAUGCGACGCUACACUUUAGCGACAUCUUGGUGCCGACGAUGGACACGAUGAAGAUUGAGAAAAUAUUGGAUCUCAUGAAUAGGGUUCGUCGUCCGGUCGUUCUGGUGGGCGAUCCUGGCACUUCCAAGACGGCAGUAAUAUCCCACUUUUUGCGCCAUCUAAACCGCGACUCGUUCGUCGUGCUCAACAUAAACUUUUCCUCCCGCACGUCCUCGAUGGACGUGCAGAAGACCAUCGAGGCGGCGGUGGAGAAGCGCACGAAGGAUAUCUUUGGCCCGCCGGUCGGCAAGAAGCUGGUCACCUUCAUCGACGACAUGAACAUGCCGCAGGUGGACAACUACGGCACGCAGCAACCGAUCGCGCUGCUGAAGCUGCUGCUAGAGAAGGAGGGCAUGUUCGAUCGCACCAAGGAUUUGAGCUGGAAGAAGUUCAAAGAUAUGUCGUUCCUCGCCGCUAUGGGCCGUGCCGGAGGAGGACGCAACGAGGUGGAUUCACGCUUCAUCUCAAUGUUCUCCGUGAUCAACAUCAUCUUUCCGAACGACAGCACACUGCGCCACAUCUACGCCUCGAUCCUGAAGGGGCACCUGGAACCGUUCGCACCGGAUCUGGGCGACAACGCGGACAAGCUGAUCGAGAUGACGCUGGCCCUGUUCAAAACGCUCGUCACCAAGCUACCGCCGACGCCCUCCAAAUUCCACUACAUCUUCAACAUGAAGGAUCUGUCGCGCAUCUUCGCCGGGCUGCUGCAGAUCCAUCCGAGCUUCUUCAAGGAAACGCGCCACCUGGUCCGGGUGUGGCGUAACGAGUUCGCGCGCGUCAUCUGCGAUCGGCUAAUCAACGAGCAGGAUCAACAGUUUAUGGAGCAGCAGCUGGGCGAGCAGAUAAUGGAGCAGUUUCCCAUACCGCGCAGCUUCCGGCACACGGUGCAGAUGGAACCGGCCCAGCAGCAGCAGCAGCAGCAGCAGCUGCAGGAGGGCCGGCUGGAGUCGCGCAUUAAGAGUGCCGUGGUGGAGCUGUCCGUUGCGCAGUACGCGCUGCGGGAUCCGCUACUGUUUGGCGACUAUCGCAACGCGGUCAACCCGGCCGAGGAGCGCUACUACGAGGAUUUGCUCGACUACGAGGCGAUCUACUUCCUGUUCCAGGAGAUACUGAUGGAGUACUGCGAGCAGCGGGGCAAGAUGAAUCUGGUGCUGUUCGAGGACUGUCUCGAGCAUCUGACGCGCGUCCAUCGCACACUGCGUAUGCAUCGCGGGCACGUCAUGCUGGUCGGUAUCGGUGGCUCGGGCAAGCAAAGCAUUACCCGGCUGGCGGCGUUCGCGGCCGGCUGCGAAAUCUUCGAAAUCGUGCUCAGCCGCGGCUACAACGAGACCUCGUUCCGGGAGGAUCUGAAAACGCUCUUCCUGCAGGUCGGCGUGCGGAACGUGAAAACAUGCUUCAUCUUUAAGGCGGCCCAAAUUGCGGAAGAAGGAUUUCUGGAGUUCAUAAAUAAUAUUUUAACCACUGGCAUGGUGCCAGCAAUGUUUACCGACGACGAAAAGGAUCAGAUAAUUGGUCAGUGCCGCGGUGCGGCCCAGGAGCAUGGCUACGCGCCCAGCAAGGAUGGCGUUUGGUCGUUUUUCCUCGAGCGGGCCGUGCGCAAUCUGCACGUCGUGCUGUGCAUGUCGCCCGAGGGUGACGCACUCCGCAACCGGUGCCGCAACUUCCCCGGCCUAGUCGGCAGCACCACGAUCGAUUGGGUGUUUCCCUGGCCCCAGCAGGCGCUGUUUGCCGUGGCGAAGGUGUUCCUCGCGGACCAUCCGAAGAUCCCGGAAAGCUAUCGAGAACCAAUCAUCGCCCAUAUCGUGCACGUCCAUCAGUCGCUCAAGGGCUACAAUGUGCAGUAUCUGAUGAAGUUACGGCGAAAGAACUUCGUUACGCCGAAGCACUAUCUCGAUUUCAUCAAUACCUACUUGAAGCUGAUCGAGGAGAAAGAUAAUUUCAUCAUGCAACAGUGCUCCCGACUAUCGGACGGCAUCGAGAAAAUUAAUGAAGCCUCACUUCAGAUCGAUCAAUUGAGUAUCAUCGUGGAGGAGCAGCGGAAAAAUGUCAUCGAAGCGGCGGACCGUUGUGAAUCGAUGCUGGCGGGAAUUGAGACAUCGACCGAAAAGGCCAACGUGAAGAAGCUGGAAGCGUCGGAGAAGUCGGUCGAGGUGGAGCAGCAGAAGAAAAUCAUCACCGUCGAAAAGGCGGAAGCGGAGGAGGCGCUGGCGGCCGCCCUGCCCGCCCUGGAGGUGGCCCGGCUGGCCCUGUCGGAUCUGGACAAGUCGGACAUUACGGAGAUACGAAGCUUCGCCACGCCGCCCGAACCGGUGCAGGUGGUGUGUGAGUGUGUGGCCAUCAUCAAGGGGUUCAAGGAAAUCUCGUGGAAGACGGCGAAAGGCAUGAUGUCGGAGGGCAACUUUUUGCGCAGCCUGCAGGAGCUGGACUGUGACGCCAUCACGCAGAAGCAGGUCGCGACGGUGCGAGCCAACAUGAAGAGAUCGCAAAAGUUGGACGAAAUGCAGAGCAUCUCGAAGGCCGGCUACGGGCUGCUCAAGUUCGUCCGGGCCGUGCUCGGCUACUGCGACGUGUUUAAGGAGAUCAAACCGAAGAAGGACCGGGUCGCGUUCCUCGAGUCGGAGCUGAACGGCCAGAUACGGCUGCUGGUGCGGCUGACGAGCGAGAUCGGCAAGCUGGAGCACGAGCUGGCCGAGCUGAACAGCAAGUACGCGAACGCCAUCAAGGAGAAGCAGAUGCUGCAGGAAAUGAUGGAGCAGGCCGAGCGGCGGCUGCUCGCCGCCGACAAGCUGAUAUCCGGCCUCAGCUCCGAGCGCGACCGGUGGGUGAUCGAUCUCGGCAAGCUGCAGAUCGAGCGCACGAAAGUGAUCGGGAACGCGCUGCUGUCCGCCUCGUUCCUCGCCUACAUGGGGCCCUUCUCGUGGGAGUUCCGGAAGGCGAUUCUCUUCGGCGAUUGGCUGGCGAACGUGGUGCAGCAGGCGGUGCCGUUCACCGAGCCGUACCGCGUCAACGGCAGCCUGUCGAGCGACCUGGAGCAGAGCACGUGGGCCUCGGAGGGGCUGCCACCGGACGAGCUGUCGAUACAGAACGGCAUCCUGACGACCCGGGCGUCCCGGUUUCCGCUCUGCAUCGAUCCGCAGCAGCAGGCGCUGUCGUGGAUUAGGAAGCGCGAAGCGCCCAACAGCCUGAAGACGCUCUCGUUCAACGACAAGGACUUCCUGAAGCAGCUCGAGAUGGCCAUCAAGUACGGGACGCCGGUGCUGUUUCAGGAUGUGGACGAUUACAUCGACCCGGUCAUAGACAACGUGCUCGAGCGGAACGUGCGGGUGCAGGCGGGCCGGCAGAUCGUCCUGAUCGGCGAUAAGGAGGUGGACGUGGACGCCAACUUCCGCCUGUACCUCACGACCAAGCUCGCCAACCCGAACUUCGAUCCGGCAGUGUACGCGAAGGCGCAGGUCAUCAACUACACCGUGACGGUCAGCGGGCUGGAAGAUCAGCUGCUGAGUGUGGUGGUGCGGGCGGAGCGGGCCGACCUGGAGGAGCAGCGCGAAACGCUGAUUGCCGAGACGAGCGCGAACAAGGCGCUGCUGCAGAAUCUCGAGGACUCGCUGCUGCGCGAGCUCGCCACCUCGACCGGCAACAUGCUGGACAACGUGGAGCUGGUGACGACGCUCGAAAGCACCAAGGAGAAGGCGGCCGAGGUGUCGCAAAAGAUUGUGCUGGCCGAGCAGACGUCCGGAGAGAUCGAUCAGCUGCGCAACGGCUACCGGCUGGCGGCCCAGCGCGGCGCCAUCCUGUACUUUGUGCUGUCGGACAUGGCCGCGGUCAAUGGGAUGUACCAGUACUCGCUCAACUCGUACCUGGAGGUGUUCAGCUUCUCGCUGCGCAAGGCCGUGCCGGACAACACGCUGUCGAAGCGGCUGGACAACAUCAUCAACACGCUGACGCGGAACGUGUACGAUUACGGGUGCAUUGGGAUAUUCGAGAAGCACAAGCUGCUGUACUCGUUCCAGAUUACGAUCAAGCUGGAGCAGAACCGGGGCACCUUGUCCCAGGCGGAGGUCGACUUCUUCAUCAAGGGGAAGGUGUCGCUGGAGAAGACGGACCGCGCCUGCCCGGUGACCUGGAUCAGCGAGAAGGGCUGGCAGGAUAUAGUGAUGCUGGGCGAAAUGUUCCCCGACAAGUUCGGCGACCUGCCGAGCCACAUCGAGCGCAACAUCUACGAGUGGAGUAGCUGGUAUGAUCUCGACGAUGCUGUGGGUUACGAGUAUCCUGGCAAUUUUGAAGAGCGCAUGUCACCUUACGAUCACCUGCUGCUGAUGAGAUGCCUGCGGGUGGACCGGGUGUACCGGAUGCUGAACAACUACGUCGCGCAAACGAUGGGCGAAGAGUUUAUCACGCCGCCGAUACUCAGCUUCGACUCCAUCUACGAGCAGUCGACCGCGUCCACGCCCGUCGUCUUCAUCCUGAGCCCCGGGUCCGACCCAACCGCCGACCUGAUGAAGCUGGCCGACCGGUGCGGCUUCGGGGGUCCCAAAUUCAAACACAUCUCGCUCGGCCAGGGCCAGGAGGGGGCGGCCCUCCGGCUACUGUACGCCGCCCUCGACCAGGGCCAGUGGCUGAUGCUGCAGAACGGCCACCUGCUGAUCAGCUUCAUCAAGACGCUGGAGAAAAUCAUCGACUCGAUCGAAAAGCCGCACCCGGACUUUCGGCUCUGGAUAACGACCGACGCCACGCCAACGUUCCCCAUCGGCAUACUGCAAAAGUCGCUCAAAGUCGUUACCGAGCCGCCGAACGGGCUGAAGAUGAAUCUGCGGGCCACCUUCUUCAAACUUCGCCAGCAAACGCUCGACUCGUGCAGCCACGCCGCCUUCAAACCGCUGGCGUACGUGCUGGCGUUCUUCCACGCCGUGCUACAGGAGCGAAGAAAGUACGGCAAGCUGGGCUGGAACAUUUGCUACGACUUCAACGAGUCCGACUUCAACGUGUGUCUGCAGAUACUGGACACGUACCUGACGAAGGCGGUGGACUCGCGCGACACCCGCAUGCCGUGGAACAGCCUGAAAUAUUUAAUUGGAGAGGUAAUGUACGGCGGUCGGGUCAUCGAUGACUUUGAUCGGCGCGUCGUGAAAACGUACAUGGACGAGUACAUGGGCGACUUCCUGUUCGAUACGUUCCAGCCGUUCAACUUUUACGCGGACGACUCGUUCACGUACGCACCGAUUGCCGCACCCAAUCGGGACGAGUUUAUCGCCUCGAUCGAUAAGCUGCCACUCAACAAUACGCCGGAAGUGUUUGGUUUGCAUUCGAACGCCGAGAUCGGUUACUAUACGACGGCGGUGCGGGAGACCUGGGCGCACCUGAUUGAUUUGCAGCCACAGACCGGUGCGGAUACGGGCGGCAUCAGCCGGGACGAGUUUAUCGACCGGGCGGCGGUGGACAUACUGAAAAAGCUGCCGAAACCGUUCGAUAUCUGGCGCGUGAAACGGGCGUACCAGGUCAACAUAACGCCCAUCUGCGUGGUGCUGCUGCAGGAGCUCGAGCGGUACAACCGGCUGAUCCAGCGGAUGGAGCACACGCUCCACCAGCUCCGCAAGGCGCUCGCCGGCGAGAUCGGCAUGGACGCGGUGCUCGACAACGUGGCCCAUGCAUUAUUCAACGGCCAGCUGCCGGAUGACUGGCGCAAGCUGGCCCCGGCCACCUGCAAACAGCUCGGCGACUGGAUCGAACAUUUGCUGCGAAGAUCACAGCAGUAUAAAUAUUGGUCCGUGUCCGGCGAACCGCUGGUGAUGUGGCUGUCCGGGCUGCACAUACCGGAAAGUUAUUUAACCGCGUUAGUGCAGAUCGCUUGCCGGAAGAACAACUGGCCGCUGGACCGGUCGACGCUCUUCACCUCCGUCACGAGGUUCCAGCGCGAGGACGAAAUCGAGGAGCGACCCGGAGCGGGCUGCUACGUGACCGGCCUGUACCUUCAGGGCGCACGGUGGGAUCCGGAAAACCGAUGUCUGACACGCUCGACGCCGAAAGUGCUGGUCGAACCGCUGCCCGUGCUCUCGAUCGUACCGAUAGAAACACACCGGCUGAAGUUACAAAAUACGUUCCGAACGCCCGUUUACACGACGUCCGAGCGACGCAAUGCGAUGGGCGUUGGGCUGGUGUUUGAAGCUGACCUGCGGACGGAGGAGCACACCAGCCUGUGGGUACUGCAGGGCGUGUGUCUAACGAUGAAUUUGGAUUAAGCUCUGGACAUCUGGUGCUUGAAGGAUGUCCAAGAAUGCAUCGAUCGUGUUGAUUAGAAUAAAUUAUUAAUGUAUUGUUUAAUAAGA